AUGUCGACCACAUACCUCCCCUCCACCACCUUCGCCGCCCCCAUCGCCGUCGGCAUCAUCACUCCCACCACGGCUUGGAACUACCUCCACGCCACCGACCCCGCCAAAGCCGCCGCCCCGGGCUUCCGCAAGGAAGACCUCCCCGACGACAUCAUCUGGAUCUUCGCGGAGGUGUUCUGGGGCAGCGGAGAGGACCUGUUGGCGCUGUCGUGGCCGAAGGCGGGAGCAGACGGAGAGGUGGAGGAGGAACUGGGCGCGGUGUGGAAGCUGGGGCGGGAGGAGAAGCCGGGGUUCGCGGGCGAGCCGUGGCAGAUUUUGCGGAAGGAGAGCGAGGUGGAGAAGGAGAGGCAGGAUUGGGAGACGUGGAGUGGGCGGGUGUGGAAGUGGAGUGUGGACGAGAUGGUGAGGGAGUGA